AUAAAAAGACUGUCUGAAAGUUUGACAAUUAAGCAAGUGGAGUACGGUGUGUCUUUAAGGAUUUAAAAUACAAAAUUUGGUUAUUUAUUCCUUAUACAAAUGAAAACAUGACACUCAGAGAGGACCUAAUAGAGCUGGGCUGGCAUUUGAGUGAAGAAGGUAUAGAUAUUAUAACCGAAAACGGACAAAUAGAAGAUGUAAAUAUUUUAAGUAGGAGAGCUAUAGAUUUUGAUUUAAGAGAUAUUGGGGAUGGAGCAUUUCCCGAGGAUUUUCCUAAAGAUCCAUCAAAAUUAGAGAAACCAAUAGUUGUACAAAUACAAAAGAUAAGAAAUGUUGCUGCACCAAAAGCUAAUGAAGAAUCAACAUCAGCCCCACGAAUGCUAAAACUGACUCUGCAUGAUGGGAAGACAACAUGUAUAGGUUUGGAAACAAGUCCCAUAUCAAAUCUCAAUGUUAAUACUCCCCCUGGCACCAAAUUGUUAAUAAAUAAUGAAGAGUUGGAAGUGUGUCAUGGAGUUAUCUGGCUAACACCGGAUGUCAUCACCGUGCUCGGUGGCAAAGUUACUCACAUGAUAGAGAAAUGGGAACUUAAUAGAAGUCUAGCUAAACAUACUAGAGGUGGCAUCGGUGUAGAUGGUGGUCCACCGCCAUGGAUACCAUUCGGACAGAGAUUGGAGGCAUUGCCGAUUGAUAAACAAUUUAAAAGCAUACAAGAUUCAUCAAAACAGGACAAUGCUGAGUUUGAGGCUCAAAGGAAAGGAGCUAUUGCGGAAGCUCAGAGGAUGUCAGGAGUAAAGAAGGUGUUUGGUGGUGGUACUAAACCACUAUUAGAUGCAAAUGUGCAGAAGAUUGUUGAUGCCGGUUUUUCUGAAGAGCAAGCUGAAAAUGCUCUGAAGUACACUAAGAAUAAUCUUGAUAAAGCAUUGAGAAUAUUGCAGAAAAGGGAUAAUUCAGAAAACAGAAGUAAAGAUAAGGCAAAGGAAGCUGAUUCCUCUAAAAGAAAAGGUCGUAACAAGGAGUCUAAUGACGAAGAUGCAGUUCCUGUUAAACCUUCUGGAAAAGUAUCACUCUUUGACUUCUUAGAAGAUAAAUUACCAAAUGUACCAGACAAAGAUAAGAAUAAUCGUCGCGAAUAUAACACGCCAUCAGAAGAUAGGGGCGAGAGGAGUUACAACAGUAGGGAAAGAAAUAAUAAUAAAAACAGUCGCUCGCACGGUUCAAGAUAUGAUGGUCCGAGACAUCGGUCGGAUAGAGGACAUCACUCCUAUGAUAACUAUCACAAUUCACAUAGAGAGGAAAGAAAAUAUCAAACCCAGAACGAGAAACCACCGAGGUUCCAGAAGAAAUUAGAAGAGAAGAAUAAGCAUCAACAGCAGCAGCAGGCAAAAUUUAAUUUACAUUACAAUAACGCUUAUCACAACCAUCCUAACCAGUAUCCCGAAAUCAAUAUGCGGCACGACACGAACUUCAAUGACAACCAUGUGAACCAGCAGCAAAACUAUAGAAACAACAUGAACCCCAUGGACAACUUGAUCGAGGCCACGGCAAAUCUAAAUCUACUAUCGAAUCAAGCUAGGCCUAACGAGGAAUUGUCGCCAGGCAGGGGCUACCAGGCGCACCCAGAGCUCUAUAGCCAGAAACAAGCCUAUAUUCCUAACCAAAAUGUGCAAGAAAUACCACCAUUCAGGCGGAAUAAUGAUAUGACGUAUCCCGAACACUACCAGCGGCGACAACAGCAACAACAGCCGAAUGGCUACAUGGAACAACAGAAUCCAAUGUAUUCUAAUAUGAACUAUAUGAACCAGGGUUACAACGGCCGCCAGUAUAACUAUGGGACCCGUCAGGAGUACAGCGGUCUUCGUACCGGCGGACCAUUCUUGCCUGGUUCUCUGUUAGGCUUCCAGAACGCAGCUGUCAAUGAACAGGCUCGGGCGAUGCUUGGCGUGGCGGAUAUCAACUGGAAGGUCGGCGACAGAUGUCUGGCUCUCUACUGGGAAGACAAUAACUUUUACGAAGCGGAAAUAACGGGUAUAUCAGCGAACACUGUUGUGGUGAAGUUUUGUGCGUACGGGAAUCAUGAGGAAGUACUCAAAUCUAACUGUUUACCUUAUCCUAACCAGGGAGCGGGCGGCUUCUCCCGCGGCGUAUUCGCGCGGCGGCCGUAGUACCACGCGGCGGCGGCGCGGCGCCCCCGCCUCCCGCCAGCCGGCCGGUGACGUCAGCCGACGCCCCUACCAUAAGUUUUCGUUCGAGUUGACACGUAUUAGGGGACAAAAGUCUUCCUGUCGGCGGAACGUCUGUAAUUUUAAUUCAUAUAAUGUAAUGCUCUCGUACCAUUCACUUGUUGAACUGAGGUUGUAGUUUUUUUCAUUGUCUCGUGAUUUUUCCGACGUCGAUGUAUUCGAGUCAGUGUAAUGUUGGUUGUUAUUUGACAAAAAAAAAAAAAUUGUAUUCAACAACGAAAUUAUUUGUAUUGCAAACGAUUGGUGACUCGAAUUAUAAAAUUCGUGCAGUUUUAGGGCCUUGAUGCUGUUAUCAUAAAUGAAACAAGACGGAUGCAGAUCUGGGCUGGCAUACAAUUGUUCCUUAGCUAACGGAAACGGAAAAAUUAAGCCCAUUUUUGUCAUUCCGAGAAAUAGAAGUUCCAAUAGCCAAACGGUCAACUGUGUCUCCACACCGCCUGAGCUGCGGUGAUAUACGAAUUUCGUUAUUUAGUUACAAGUACGCGACAUUUUAUCUUGCCAAGUUCUAUUAAUCUAAAUCAACGAGAAUUUUCCCAUACUAUCUGAUUGCCUUGCGCAGGUUUGUGCGAAGAAAGUGAAUCAUAAUAUUCUCCCGACUAAGGCGCCGUCAUCCUAGAAAUGAGUUUCCUAAGCAAUGUGCAUUAACACUUAUUAAUAAUGUUUCCUCAGAGAUAAUGAUGAUGACAGCUCAAAGGCUUUCACUCACGUUAUUAAUCAACUUGAUUUUAUCAACAAAAAAAAAAAAAAAAAUAAGAAAAAUGUCCAAUAAGUCAAAAUUUCUGGAAUAAUCUUAUAUAAGGUGUUCAUUAACAUCGGCAUAAUAAAAACUUAUUGGUACAAAUCAAACAUUUUACUGUGCAGCAGACCUCAUAUCUGGUUACUAUACAGCGUGUUCAACAGGCAUUUCCUCGUACAUGGUGUUGUAUGUUAUAUUUUCUCUAAAACAUAUGUGAUAAUUGUCUAUUUAUCUUACAUUAUAAUCGAUGGUUUAGUGUGAAGAGCUAUUGUGUUGGUAAGCUCAAUUGCAUAAAAAACAUAAUAAUAGUGUUAGCUCAAAUUUUAAUAUUAGUUUUUCAACUAUAAACAUUAAAUGUGCUGUGGUAAUGUUACGGAUAUUAUGCGACGGAUUGUUUCCUUUGAUGUGAUUAACUCGUUCUGACAGUAACGAAAAUAGCGUUCAACAUGUUCACACGUGGGUAUGUUGAGAAGCUAGGAAGUAUGGAUUCAAUUUGAUUGCCAUCAUCUCUAUUUGAACAACCUCAUAACGACAGAAUGUCGGACACGUGAGGUAUAUCAUUCGAAAUAUGUUGUUAACUUUUAAUGUAUGACGAAUAUACAAAAACGACUGUAAUUUUAGAUCUGAAUGCAAGAUUUACUGUUGUUGAUGUUUAUGCAAACUCGUGCAAUGUCGUGAAUACUCGUGCAAACUCGUGAGAUUCUGUGCAAACUUGUUACAGACAGAUUUUAAUUACAAGCUCUAAGUGUUGUUCCUCGUGUGCUUUACUUUUGUUACCACUAAAUGUAUCUGCAGGUGUGGCUUAUGAAAGGUCUGGGACCAUCUCUAUGGUGAUUAUAGCGGGCAAGGAUAAGUGACAAAGAUCCAAGCGAACUAGCAUCCGCUAACCCUGCACAGUAAUUUGUUUAAUCAUCGAUUGUAUUAAACUGGAAUUAGUUUUAAUGUUCAUUAAUUAAUUUAUUGUCAGGUCAUGUAUGUAACAGUAACGGUAGUGUAGCUUGUAUAAGUGUAUUUUGUUAUAUUUCUAGCGCAAAGUGUAUAAUAUAUAAAAUAUAUUUUGUUUUAUUUUUUACCAAAAUAUAGUUUGUUUCCUUUAACUUAUCUAUUGUAAAGAUUGUAUAGACGUAAAUCACGGUUUAUUUAACAACGUAUGUAGAUAUGUCGAUACGAAUUAUGUUUUUUUUUUUUUUUUAAUAAUAUGUUGGCAAUGAUUUUCUGUUAAAGUAGAUACCGCCUCCACAGAGGUCUAAACCUAAUUUAUUAGGAUGUUAGAUAAUGACCAAAGCUCAAGUAUCAAUAAUUUGUUAGUUUGUGUAAAGCUUUCGAUACAUUUAUACUGAUGUUAUGUUCAACUAACAGUUUAUAACUUGAAGGCCAAUAAAAUACAUUUUAAUUAA